CUCGGCGGGAGCGCGCAGGAGCGCUCCGAAAGCAGGCUAAAAAAGCUAGCUGGAGGAAGAGGAGGAUAUUCUGCCUCUUCCUUCUCCCUGACAGAUCAACACACRUUAAAUUAAAUGUAGCCGAAUUCACGGCACGGAUGGUUUGUUCAAUCCACACCUAKGACGGUUUUAUCAGAUGAAGCAAAUGUUGAAAAAUUAGAUUUUUAUCAAAGCGGAAAAGGAGCCUGGCGGCGCUUUAAAAACGACUGCCUCAGAAAACGUAUCCUUAGCGGGGCUUCUUUUACACACAACUUUAGACUCUUUUUUGUUUCUUUACAACAAAAGCAGGACAAAAUCUGACUGAGAGCAGCUUUGUAAUGAAUUCGGCCAUUUUUGUAUUCAGUAUGUGUGAACACAGACAAUAAAUGGAAAUCAARCAUGUUUAAUUGACAGGAAGCAAAGAUGAGCCGAUGUAGCAGAUUAGGAGUUAGUUUCAGUCUAAUAAGAUUAAUAAUUGUUGCAGGUGAUUGUGUUUCAGGUUUGGUAACAUUUUGACUCRAAAUGAAACUUAAACUCUAAUCUCUGUCCUUCAGACAGAGCCUUCAGGAGCUUUAAGUUUCAGUUUCUGCAGAAAUGAAACUCAGAGUUCGUGCGACGUCGGCCCGCCCCUGAGCAGUCUAACAGCUGAGCUGCAGAAGCUUCAGGAGCAACACAGUCAUUUUUACAGGAAACACCUGGACGAUGAGUGCUGCUGAGAAUCUGGUCUCCAGACUGGAGGCCCUGCAGUGCCACUUCACCUGGGAUCUGAGUCCCACUGAGUCCAGACUACACCGCAUAAAAGAUAACCUGGAGGACAUUGGCACCGAGGAGGGAAACAUCUGGCUGGGUCACAUCUACAACCUGCAGGGCUUCAUCCAGUACCAGCUGGGCUCCAUGGAAGAGGCCCGGGCUUUCUUCAGCAGGGCCACUGAAGCCUUCCAGCAGCUGAAGUCCACCCACGAGGGUCCCUGGUUGGAGGUGAACUACGCUAAUCUGGCAUGGCUGCACCAUCGUACRGGGGAAGAUGAGAGGAGUCAGGAUUUCCUGUCAAAGGUCGACGCCCUGUUGGAGAAAUWCCCGUGUCCAAUCGAAGGAGAGCUCCACCCGGAGGUCUGCGCUGAGAAGGCCUGGACCCUGAUGAAGUUCGACCCGGAGAAGAAGCUGCAGGCUGCAGAAUACUUCCAGAAAGCCAUCAGGAUGGAGCCGGGCGCGGUGCAGUGGCAGACCAGCCGUGUGCUGGCGUUGGUGAGCGCCUACAAGCACAGCGACGUGGAUCUGGACGAUGAGAUCUGGGAGGACAUGAGGGUCGCCCGGCAGGAGGAUCCGGAGAACCUGUACCUCGCCGCCGUCGAGCUGAAGCAAAGCGCCAAGAGAGGAGAGCAGGUCCGAGAUGAAGCAGAGGAGCUGGCAGAAAGAAUCCUACUGAACCCUGUCAGCAGCUACAGCGGCCUGAAAGCCCUGCUGAGGGUCUACAGACAGAUGGAUGCUUAUGAUGAGGCCAUUGAUCUGGCAGAAAGGGCCCUGCAGGAGCAUCCUGACUCACAGUACCUGAAGAAGUGCACCGCCCUCUGCUACAAAUGGAAAAUCAUCUUCUCCAGAGACGGGCGUCCACCUCCAGAGAUGAUGAAGCGAGCGAUCGGCCUGCAUGAGGAGGUCAUCGCUCUCUACCCUCAGUCUUCUCUGGCCAAGAAACUGGACCUGGCAAACAUCCUGGCCAAGUCUGGUCAGGGUCUGACGAGGUCAGAUCAGAUCUACAAGCAGCUGCUGGGGCAGGUUCAGGACCCCCGAGACAAACAGAUGGUCUACAACAGCUACGCUAAAUACUUGUGCUUCGAGCGCCAGGAGAGGAACAAGUCUGUCGAGUACMACAUGAAGGCUGCAGCCAUAGACCACCAGUCCUUCAGGAGACAGAACAGCAUCAAGGCUCUGGAGAAGAUCCGGGACCGAGGCAGGAACAGGAUGUGCAGAGAAAUCAGAGAGUUCCUGGAGAAUCUAGAGGUUCGUGAGCAGGUGAAUCAAGGCCAGCUGUAAUUCACUCCAAAGCUUUCAUCUGUAGAAACCUGGGUUCUUUAAAUCAGAGAUGACUUCAUAACUCUGUUCAGAAUCUCACCUGUUUUACCUGCAGCUUUGAAGACAUGCAGUCAUUUAUCAUUUCAGAUUUAGUGAUGUUUGGUUUUUCUUUUUGUCUUUUCUGUCUUGUGUUGCAGUGAUGCCACUAAACUCACCAGACUUAACCACAUUCUGCUUCUAUAACUAUUAAUCAUUUGUCUUGUURUAAAUCGUUAUAAAUUGCAUUUACUCACUGAAAACAUUAAAUAAACAUUCUUC